AUGGCUCCCGCGUUGCUCACGGCUGUCGACUCGACAGAUCACGUCCACCUCAUCAUCGGCUCCAACCCGCUCGCCGGUGCCCGCUGCACACGCGCUCUCGAGGUCGGCGCCAGACCGGUCCUCAUUGCUCCCGAAGAUGCAAGCAUACAUUAUGGUCUCAUGAAGCGCAUCGAUGACGGGGAAGUCGCGUGGGUCAAGCGCGACUUCGAGGACAUCGACUUGACAACGUUGGGCAGGGAAGAGGUUGAUCGGGUCGUGGACGCUGUCUUCGUAACGCUGGGUGGCAAGACCGCUCUGAGCACCCACAUUUCCACGCUGUGCCGACGCCUAAGAAUCCCGGUCAACGUCGCCGAUGCGCCGAAUCUCUGUACCUUCACGCUCCUCUCCACGCACACGGAUGGUCCGCUACAGAUCGGAGUGACAACCUCUGGCAAGGGCUGUAAAUUGUCCGCGCGCAUACGCCGAGAAAUCGCAGCUUCUCUGCCUUCGGAUCUCGGCCAAGCAGUUGACAGGCUUGGUGUCAUGCGGAGGAGGAUCUGGGAGGAGGACCACGCCGCGGAGCUGUCCAUGGAUCCUGAGGCCGAAGAGGACGACGCGGGCCAGAGCGCGAACUUCAACAAAUUGGUGACACCCGAGGAUGCAGAGGCUGCGCGCAGUCGGCGCAUGCGCUGGCUGGCCCAGAUCUGUGAAUACUGGCCCCUUCGCCGGUUAGCAGGCAUUACGGACGAAGAUGUGGAGGCAGUCUUGCGCAGCUACUCAAACUCUGAGAGCUCUGGUCUCAGCCCGGGCGCAGUGGAUCAGCGCCGCAGAAGAGGCCGCAUUAUCCUUGCCGGCUCCGGUCCUGGCAAUCCUGAUCUCCUCACGCGCGCUACUUACAAGGCCAUCAUUUCCGCCGACCUCAUCCUGGCCGACAAGCUCGUUCCUGAGCCCGUCCUCGCCCUUGUCCCUCGCCGCACGACCGUCUUUAUCGCCCGCAAGUUCCCCGGCAACGCCGAUAAGGCGCAAGAAGAGCUGCUCCAGAUGGGCCUUGAGGGCUUGCAGGCGGGCAAGACGGUCGUGCGUCUCAAGCAGGGAGAUCCUUACAUCUACGGCCGCGGUGCCGAGGAGUACGAUUUCUUCCGCGCUCACGGGCACAUCCCGAUCGUGCUUCCCGGCAUCACGUCCGCCCUCAGCGCUCCUCUUUUCGCAGCCAUCCCCCCCACACAUCGCAGCGUUGCCGACCAAGUCCUUAUUUGCACUGGCACUGGCAGAAAAGGCGCUGCCCCCGACCCGCCUGCGUACGUGCCGACCCGGACUGUCGUUUUCCUGAUGGCGCUGCACAGGUUAUCCGCGCUUAUCGACAGCUUGGUGCUCGACGAGGCGAAGAAGUGGCCGAAGGAGACACCCUGCGCGGUGCUCGAGCGCGCGAGUUGUCCCGAUCAGCGCGUCAUCAGGACGACGUUGGAGUACGUUUGCGCUGCGAUCGAGGAAGAGGGAAGUAGGCCGCCGGGUCUACUUGUCGUGGGCCUGGCAUGCGAAGUUUUGUGGAAGGGAGGCCAGAAGUGGGUCGUCGAAGAAGGCUUCAAGGGAUUUGAGGAGCUGAGCGUGGAUGGCGAUCUGGAGAUGUUGAAGGGAGCCGAGGCGGUUGUUGCUUGA